UCACGCAGCAAUUACGUAUGACCGUAAAAAAUAGAAACUUCCAAGAUGGCCGAGUCCGUGGACUCCAUGCAUUUUGCAGCAAAUAGCAAAACAAAUUCUCCUAAAGCCUUGCUACCCAAGCGGCCACCAGAAAGCCGACCACAGUCUUCCAGCGAUAUUUAUCCACCACCCCCCAAGAAAGUACGAAUCGAAGAGAAGAGUCUCAAACACAAGAAACUGAACGGCGAGGUCUGCGCAGGGGAAAAACACAACGGGAAGCAGAGUUAUGGAAGCCCAGCGAAAUGGAGUUUCGGCCCGGCCAAACCGAGCAACUCCACCGCGCCAGCCCCCGCUCGAAAGAUCUUCAAGAUUAGCAACUUCCUCGCCUCUCCUUCCAAAGUCAAGAAGUCGAAGGAAAAACGACAUAAGGAUAAAGAUAAAAACGUUGAAACCCAGGGCUCACCCUCGGAGAAAGUGAGCGCUUUUAGCUGCCAUACAAAGACGGAGAAUGGUGACGUGAAAAUGUUACAGAGAGAUCACCCAAACAAGGACAAAGAGAGGGACAAAAAACGAGAAGGGGAUAAAGAGAGGAAGAGCAACAAAGACAUUGAUGUGAAUGACAUUGGCAGAGAGAACGGAGACAGGAGCCCCCAGCUGCCCGAUCCCAAAGAGAAACCAAAUGUAGACUCAGAGGACGAGCUCCUUAUAAAAAAAUUAAAGAAGAAAAAAAAGAAGAAGCACAAAGAGGGAGAGAGACGCUGGCGGCCCAAGAUGUGGCACCGCUCCUGCCAGACGCUUUGCUCCGGGCUGGCUCUGGACCUGCCAGACCUGCUGGGGAAACUCAAUGGGAACAGCAGCAGCUUGCUCCAGAACAUGUCAGCUCCACAUCAGGAGCGCAAGGAGCCUCCAGCCUCCUGCGCCUCGGCCACGCUGAGGGAGAGGCUUGGCUACGGGUCCCCGCUCCCGUGUCCCCCACCCCCUGAUGUGUCAGGCCUGGAGUUUGGCCACCUGAUCCAGGUGGAGCAGCAGGCUAACGGGGGGGCGUCUGUGGCCCACGCCUCCAGCGAGCAGCUCUCCUGUCUCUCAGCUGCCGAGAUGCAGCGCUUUGCCCAGGAGUUUGUCACGCUGUCCUUCAGCGAGGACCAGAACCAGGCGGCACGCUACGUGAUGGGCAUCAUUCAUGGGGCUGCCUCAUACCUGCCAGACUUCCUGGACUAUUUCUCCUACAAGUUCCCCAACGCCCCCGUCAAGAUGGAGGUGUUGGGGAAGAAGGACAUCGAGACCACCACCAUGGUCAACUUCCACUCUCAGGUGAAGAGGACCUACUCCCAGGGAACGUACCGUGCGGGGGCCAUGCGGCAGGUCAGCCUGGUGGGGGCCGUGGACGAGGAGGUUGGCGACUACUUCCCAGAGUUCAUCAGAAUGCUGGAAGACUCCCCCUUCCUGGAGCGUACCCUGCCCUGGGGCUCCUUCUCCAGCCUGUGCCUACAGAGCCCCACAGAGAGCGAUGAUGGUCCCAUCAUGUGGGUGCGACCCGGCGAGCAGAUGAUCCCUGUGGCCGACAUGCCCAAGUCCCCCUUCAAGAGGAAACGGUCCACCAACGAGAUCAAGAACCUGCAGUACCUGCCCAGGGCCAGCGAGCCAAGGGAGAUGCUGUUUGAGGACCGCACGCGGGCGCACGCCGACCACAUCGGUCAGGGCUUCGAAAGGCAGACCACUGCUGCCGUGGGUGUGCUGAAGGCCGUGCGCUGCGGAGAGGGGGCGGCUCCAGCACGCAUUACCAAAGACGUGGUGUGUUUCCAUGCUGGAGAUUUCACUGACGUGGUCCAGAGACUGCAACUGGACCUGCACGAACCGCCCCUUUCACAGUGUGUCCAGUGGAUCGACGACGCCAAGCUGAACCAGCUGCGCAGGGAGGGUAUCCGCUACGCCCGCAUCCAGCUGUACCACGAUGACAUCUACUUCAUCCCACGUGGCGUGGUGCACCAGUUCAAGACGGUGUCGGCUGUGUGCAGCCUGGCCUGGCACAUCCGCCUGCGCCAGUACCACCAGGACCAGCACGAGGAGGCCGAGGAUGGCCACGCCACGCCCACUCAGGUCUUAGCUGGAGUCAAAGAGGAGGAGGAGGAGGAGGAGGAGGAGGAGAGAGGGAAAGAAAACAGCAGUCCAGCACACAGACUGAUGGGUUAUGGGGAGGCAGAAGAGGAUGAGGAAGGGCAGAGUGUGGCCCGCAGAGGAGCGUCACAUGUCUGCAAGGAGGAAGAGGAGGAGAGGGAGGAUGAGAUGGGCGAAGAGAGGGUAGGCCCCACGCCUAUGCAGAUGCUAGCUGUCAUCAAAGAGGAGAGAGAUGGAGGGACACACUCAGACACAUUAGGGGAGAUGGAGACAUUGAAGGAGGAGGAGGAGGGGGAUGUGAAAGACAGGAGGGGAAGCAGAGGAGGAAGAGAGGAAGGGACAGACAGCCAGCUGAUAGUUCCAAAAGACGGAGAGCGGGAGGGCAGCAUUGUCCCCUCGAAGACGCUAUUGCCCCCCAGAACAGAGAGAGAGGGGGAACAUGAGAGGCAACUGAAAAUCCUGCCUCAGGCUCCCAAAGAGAGGGAGAGGACCACCACACCCACCUCACCUCAGAUCAAGAAAGAGAAAGACAAGGAGAAAGGGAGGGGCAGAGAUGACAAGGAGAGGGGGAAGGAAAAAGAGAGAGAACGGAGGGAAAAAGAGCGGGGGAAGGACAAGGAGAAAGAGAAGAAGGAGAGAGGGAAAGACAGGGAGAAGGAGAGAGACAAGGAUAGAGCGAAGGAAAAAGGAAAAGAGGAGAGAAAGACCACGGAGGGGGGAGAAUCCACGCAGACAGCACCUCAGAGGACCAGGGAGGGGGCUGGAAAACCCUGCCCGCCCUCCCAGCUGGCCCCGAGGGAUGAGAGGGGGGUCAGGGCCCCCCCAUCACUGCCCCGGCCAGAGAGAGAGGACGCCAGAGAGCCCGGCAGUCACAGGCACAAAGCCUCUCAUGUGAAGAAGGAGAGAGGCAGCCACAGAGAGGGCAUCAGCCUGCCGGCAGCGAGGGUGGCCAGGGACGAGGAGGGCAAGCCUGCCGCCAAACACAUGGCAGCUCACGCAAAGAAGGAAGGCAAGAGAGAGAGAGAUACUGGCCAGAAGGAGGAGAGGAAGAAGCUAGCUCCCCCUGAACACAAACCCCCCCGGACGCUCGUCACCUUUGACCUGUUCAAGCCUAUGGACGCACCACAGCCCUCUUUCUCGGAGCGGGCCAAGGCUCACCAGCAGCUAAGCGAGACCAGAGGAAGCGGCUCCAAGCCUGGCUCUGAGAGCAGGACAAUAGCGCCCUCUAGAGGACCAAAAGUAAAGGACAUGACACACAAUAAACCUGGGCUUCAGGACUCCCGGCUGCAGCACUCUUUAAAACACCCUCUGAAACCACACACACCCCAGACGCAGAAAGACUUUUUAAUAUGAAUGUCUAGAUGUCUAGUCCUCUUUCUACUGUACAACUUACACUCUGGCUCUGUUUGAAGAAAAGCAUUGGAAACCACAUUCUCCUGUCCAGCGCUCACUGACCUAAUGAACAGAUGACAGUCCUAUCAUGACUUAGUAAACCCCGACACCACCACUGACUAAGCGCUAGCUGCACAGGAAAUUGUCUCCAGUUUGAACAGGAAAUGUCUCCAGUUUGAACAGGGUCUCAGAAUGUAAGAUAAGUAGCUUACUUUAACGUUUGUUAGCGAAUGUACGUAGGCUCUAUAUGAAAUGUUGUGACCUGUUGGUUGGUGCCUGUGCACCACGUAGCUACACUCUCAUAGCACCUACUCUAGGUACUGCCCAAUUUGGAAGAUUAGCCCCUCCUAUAGACACGCCCCCUUUGUUAAGACUCUCGUCCUCUACUGGACACCCCCCAGCCAGGCAAGCUCCUCCUGUUCUGCAGAUCUGAGGAGGGUCAGGUGUGAGCAACAUGGUUCUGACUCCACCUACUGCAGACCAGCCUCCCAGCUCAGUGGCACUCCAUGACACCAUGUAUGUUCAGCCUGUCCCACCUGCCAGCAGAAAAUAGGAGCUGUUAGUGGAUGAUUUUCUGUUUGACUCACACAGGGCUGUAAAGGAGACUUAUGUACUGCUACUGUACAGUUGAUGUGUAUUAGCACCAAUGUGAGAAAAUGUAUACAGAAAUGCAUAUAUUUUUUGUAAGACGAGUUUUAUUUUCCAUAGAACUUAUUUAUAUCAUUUACUGUUUGUUUUUAUUUGAGACGUAUGUGAGAUCUCUGUUGUAAAUACAUUUUAUUUCCUAAGAUAA